GAGUUGCAAAAUUGGUGAAAACGGGAGGAAUACUAUGGAUAAAAUGUGAAAUUACCAACAAUGUCCGAAUUGGAUUUUUUUUUGCCCUGAAUGGUUACGGCUUGGCUAGAGCGAAAAAACAAGAUGGCGGACAAAUGAAAUGGAACGAAAAGUGAAAACUAAUACGAGAAAUUGGCGGCAGUGAGAUAAUCAGCAUUUUGAACAUUUAUUUGGAUUCCAUAGAAGAAAAAAAAAAUAGAUCACUUCGUGUGAACAACGGAAAGGAAAAAAAUAAGUGGAAAUUCAACAUUUGUGUUCGGGUGCAAGGUUAUCUCCGUGACUAGAAGUACAAAGGAACGCUGCGUGCGAAGAAAAGUUUACCUCGUUCGAAAGGCCAUUUUGUGUAAAGCUUCGUGCUGGUGGACGUUUAAUGCGAAGUAACGCUACGUGCGAAGGAACGCUACGUGCGAAGGAACGCUACGUGCGAAGGAAUGCUACGUGCGGAGGAACGUUACGUGCGAAGGAACGCUACGUGCGAAGGAACGCUACGUGCGAAGGAACGCUACGUGCGAAGGAACGCUUAGGGAGCCUAGUGCGAAUGCCUUGGGGGAAAUCGGAAGCAGAUGCUACGUGCCUGUGGACAUUAUGUCGAACUGACUGAUCGAUAUUGUAUUUGUUGAUUGAUGGAUACAAAUGUUGGAACGAUGAUUAUCGGUUGAAAGAACAUGUUAUUGUGGAUCGAAGUGAAAACUCAAUUUUUGGAUUACAGUGGACGUAGCAAGGUUACGUUUUAUAAAACAUAAAUAAAGGAAAAUUAUAGCUAGAAGACGAAGGUUGAUUGCAAUUGAUGGGAAUAUACAAUGCUUACAGAAAAAAAGUCAAGUCAUUAGGAAAUAAUCGUGAUUUUUCAAGUGGAAAUGAACUAAGGGAUGCAUAUUUCUUUGUUUUUGGUUAUAGAUGCGUCAGCGAUGCCACCUUUCAAGAUAGGUGCAGACCCCAGAAACGACUGGAUUAAGUGGAAGAGAGCUCUGGAACGGUUUUUAAAUGCAAACAAAGUGGAACAGGACGAAGAGAAGUUCAACCUUUUGCUAGUUCUAGGAGGCAUUGAUCUUCAGACAUAUUACGACAAGGUUGCAAAGUGGGAGGUCCAGAAAACAAUCGAUGAAAAUGAAGAAAUUUUGGAGGAAGUGAUUGUUUUGAAAUACGAAUCAGCGAUUCUCUCCCUCGAUGAAUACUUUGCUCCACAGUUGAAGAAAAGAUUCGAACGACAUAUUCUGAGAUCAAUGCGGCAAAACAAUCAAGAACCCUUUGAAGAGUUUGUGUAUCGAUUGCGAGAACAAGCUAACCGUUGCAUUUUCUCCGACGUGGACGAUAUGAUAGUCGAUCAAGUCAUCGAGGGUUGUAGCUCGACUGAACUCCGGAAAAGGCUUUUGACGACCGAAAUGUCAUUGGCUGAAGUAAUAUCACUGGGAAAGACUUUGGAAGAAGUACAAAAACAAACGAGAGAGUAUGAGAGACCCUCCACGUCUUACGGGGAAAGUGACCUAACCCAGAAAGUCGUUGGCAGAGUAUCAUUCAGUACAAGGUCGGCUGAUAAUAACAGGAAGUGCUACAAUUGCAACAGACCGGGUCAUUUGGCAAGAGAUAUCGAGAAGUGCCCAGCAAAGAAUGUGGAAUGUUACGGUUGCCACACAAAAGGCCAUUUUAAAGUAUGUUGCCGGAAACGAAAACACGACGAACAUGCCAACAGACGACAGGUAGGAGCCAAACGAAUUCACGCGAUCGUUGAGAACAGUAACGAAACGGACAAGGGAGUGUUUUUCGUGAAGUCGGAGGAGAUGACUGAAGUACUCGAGAUGGAUGUCGGUGGAGUUCCCAUAAAGAUGAUCAUCGAUUCGGGUUCUCCAGCCAACAUCAUCGAUGCAAAGACCUACAAACGUCUGAAGGAUCAGGGAGCGCGAAUUAUGAACGAACGGGAGCCUCAAGCCGGCGAAAAGACAUUCAAAGCUUUUGCGUCCGAUCGUGAUAUCGUCUUCAACGCAGUAUUCGAAACGGAGAUCAAAAUUCCGGGUGACGAGACAGGUAUUUGGGCUCAUGUUAUGGUUGCUCCACAUGGCCAAGUCAGCUUGUUGAGCAAAGGAACUGCUUUCGCUUUGGGAAUUUUGAAAAUCGGCUAUCAUGUUAACAAUAUUUCUGCUACGGAUCGUUCAAAUGUGGAGGUUCAGGGUCAUGAAGAAUUCCCGAAGAUACCGGAAGUCAAGCUAACCAUCCAAGUUGAUCAUUCGGUACCACCAGUUGUGCAAGCAGUUCGACGUUUUCCCAUCUCAAUGGAGGCGGAUGUGGAGAAAACAAUUCAAGAUUUGCUGGACAAAAAUAUCAUCGAACGAGCGGAAGGACCGAUAACUUGGGUUUCGCCACUGGUUCCCGUUAGAAAAUCGGAUGGUAGAAUCAGACUGUGCGUAGACAUGCGGGCUGCCAACAAAGCGGUGAAACGUGAAAACUACCCGAUGCCUAAUAUUGACGAUGCAAUGUCUGGAAUUAAAAAGGUUGCUAAAUUGUCCAAGAUCGAUCUCGAGGCCGCUUACUAUCAUUUUGAGCUUGAUGGCGACAGUAGACAUAUCACUACAUUUGUGGCCAGGAGCGGAGUAUACAGAUUCUGCAGAUUGAUGUUUGGAAUCAAAUCCGCUCCAGAACUGUUCCAACGAGAAAUGGAAAACUUGUUCAGGGGCAUCAAAGGACUGAUAGUUUAUAUGGAUGAUUUUCUAAUUUAUGGGGAGACAGUCGAAGAACACGACGAAACUCUGCGUGAAGUCCUUCGGAGAAUUGAGAAAUUUAACAUGAAGAUUAACAAAGAGAAAUCGGUCUUUGGAGUACCUAGCGUAGAGUUUCUAGGUCAUAUUGUGUCCGUUGAAGGUAUUCGUCCGACAGACGGAAAAGUUAAAGCUAUUUUGGAUUUACAACCACCGUCCUCCGUUUCCGAAUUGAGAUCUUUGUUAGGUCUCGUAAAUUUCGUUGGAAAGUUUAUCCCCAAUUUGUCGGCCCACACUUUUAAUAUGAGAUCCCUUUUGAAUAAGGGCAGCCUGUUCAUUUGGAACGAUAAACACACUCAAGAAUUGGAAGCGGUGAAGGGCAUGAUUGCAAACGCAGGUUACCUCGGUUUCUUUGACCCUAAUGACGAAACGGUGUUAGUGACAGACGCCAGCCCAUACGGUUUGGGGGCAAUACUGAUUCAGACUAAAGACGGUGUAUCGCGAACAAUUUCCUGCAUAUCGAAGAGUUUGGCUGAGUUUGAGCAAAAGUAUUGUCAAACAGAAAAAGAAUGCUAUGCCAUCAUAUGGGCCAUGGAAAAACUUUACGUAUACCUAUACGGCAAGCAUUUCACGCUCGUCACAGAUUGUAAACCUCUGGAAUAUCUAUUCAACCGGGUAAAGUCGAAACCAUCCGCGCGUAUAGAAAGGUGGAUCCUUCGGUUGCAGAGCUUCGAUUUUACUGUAAAAUAUGAGCCAGGGGAAGACAAUUUGGCUGACUCACUCUCUCGUCUGUCCCAAGGCGUGAAAGAUUACGGUACUCGCUCGGAUGUCAUUAGUUGGUUAGCAGAUGAGAUUAAACCGUCGGUUUUAUCAAUUGAGGAACUGGAAAAAGCAACCCUGGCCGAUAAUGAUCUACAGAAAGUCAAAGAAGCGAUAUACUCGGGGAUUUGGGAUGAAGUACCGAAUGAGUUCAAAACAGCAACAGUCAAGGAUGAUUUAACACUGUACGGGGAAUUGAUAUUAAGAGGAGACAGGAUUGUCAUUCCCACUGCGUUGAGAGAAAAGUUAGUCAACCUGGCACACCUAGGACAUCAAGGAGGAAUAUCGAUGAAGGCGUUGCUUAGAUCCAAGGUUUGGUUCCCGUUCAUGGACAAGCUGGUCGAUACAAUUAUUCGCAACUGUAAGCCAUGUAAGAUGACUGCGCUACCGGAUAAGCCUAAUCCCAUGUCUCGUCGGAUGCCGACUAUGCCGUGGCAAGAUCUGGCAAUCGAUUUUAAAGAAGGUCUCCCGGGGGAGAUGUCACUAUUGGUUGUUGUUUGCUACACGUGCAGGUUUGUACAAGUGGAACCAAUGAAACCGGCUACAACACAAAAGGUUAUCGGAACUCUACUGAGGAUGUUUAGUGCUUUUGGCAUUCCUCGGUCAAUUACAUCAGAUAACGGGCCACAGUUUAGAGCGAUUGAGUUUCGGAACUUUUGUUUGAGCUACGGCAUACAUCUCAAUCUUUCUACCCCAUAUUGGCCGGAACAAAAUGGGGCAGUAGAAAGACAGAUGCGAAAUAUUGGGAAACGAAUCAAAAUCAGCAUUAUUCAGGGAACAGACUGGAAGGCUGAUCUCUAUGAGUAUUUGACGCUGUACCAUUCAACACCUCAAGAGGCUACAGGAGUGUCUCCAGGCCAAAUGAUGUUUGGCCGUGAGAUACGGAACCGAAUUCCGUCCAUUCACCAACCACCAAAUUUGAACUGGGAAUCUUCCAGAGAUAGAGACAUGCAACAGAAGGAGCAGCGUAAACUACAAGCAGAUGUGUCCCGACAAGCCAAGGCGCAUAAUUUGGGGAGAGGAGAUGUAGUGUUGAUGAAGAACUUCAAGUCUGGAUCGUAUGAACCAAACUUCGGGAGUGAGGAGUUUGAGAUAAUUGACAUCAAAGGAAGCGAAAUCACUGUACGCUCAAAUCGAACUGGUAAAGAGUAUCGACGCAACAGCUCUCACCUGAAGAAAUUGCUGACAGCAGAAUCAGCACUUUCCGAUGAGAACAGCUCUUCUGAUACACAUCUUAGUACUACGGAUCGCUCGUUGACCUCCACUGAAGAUCAAGGGAAAGAUAACAGUUCCCCAAAACGAAUUAUCAGACGACCGGUUAGGUUUAACGAUUUUGUAAUUUAGUCAAUGUAACAGUUUGAGAGGAUAUCAAUAAAAUGUUUGUAAUACUUGUAAUAUUGAUCUUAAGAUGUAUUAUGAAUCCAAAAUAUGGGAGGAGUGUAACGGGGUAUGGUUUCAUCGAGUCGCUAACGGUCAAGUUGAACUACACGGUUUCAGUGACGGGUAUCAGGAAUGACAGUUGAAAGAUGAAUGUAUUGGUAUUCGUACGGGAAUCGUGUGUGCGUGGGUUUACUGGAGUACGGCAAAGGUGCUGCCGAACACGAGCGUCAUUCGUCGUACAGCAGCAGAGCAGAACAGUCGGCUGACCUUCAGGGUGAAGCGUGUGACGGCUAAACAAGUACUAAUUAUUCGGCUGGUACAGUG